CUGGAUAACAUAACUUCUGUUCGGUACGUCUGCUUUGUUUAGAUGAUUGUUCUGAGAACAAUAUUCUCCGGUGAAGAGCGGCGAGGGACUUAAGGACAGUUGCACAACAGAUUCCAGUAAACAGGCGCGUCUUUAAAAAGACCUUUGUGGGGGGUUCUAACAUGUGACGUUGAAGGAGAAAGGGAAAAGGGUGCAGGGCAAAGGCUGAUAAGUUUCUGAGUCUGUACACUUAAAAUCUUGUCUUUUAUUAUAUCAUGGCUGGAUAAUCGUUUCGACUUCAACAGUCUUCAUCAGAUUCUCUACAAACACAGUCUGAGUGGUGAUUAGAACAUGCCUGGCCUGCAGCCUAACGUGUGACGUGUCACCCUCUCGGGCACAGAUUGGUCAGAGGGAGCCGUCAUGUCGAGCUUUAAAAACCCUGCAAACUCUACUGCAAAAGAACUUGUUGCACUGCCAAGACCUAACAUCAACGAUGCACCAGUACUUGAAAUAAAGAUCAGCGAUGUACUAGACAUGGAAAAAAGAAGAGAACCGUUAGCCCCCUGGAUCGGCUCUGAGGUGCACACCUUUCUGAGCAUCAUGAAGCAGCCCAGGAUUCAGAUAGCCUUAAGGGAGGGAGGGAAGAAAGUGUUUGCAGAGGUGGCACAGCACAUGGUGGCACGAGGCUUCAACAGAACAUCUGGCCAGUGCCGGGAGAAGAUGAAGAAGCUUAGAUUUGAUUACCGCAGGAUUAGGGACCGCAACAACACCAGUGGCAGCACGAGACCACAGUGGAGGUGGUAUGACGACAUGGAUGCCAUCUACGGAAGCGGACCGGUGAGCCAGAGCCCAGAUGAAAGCAUGGACCCGGGCCUGUCAUUGCUUACGGCAACUAAUGAUUCCGAAGAUACUGUAGCAUUCGAUUGCAGUAGCUCGUCUGCGAACAGCAACGACCCAUGCAAAGAGUCCAUCAUGUCAGCAGCUCAGGCAUCCUCUUCAGCUGCUGAAGCCUCAUACACGUCAGCUGCAUCAUCCACACAGGCUGCAUCAUUUUGCCCUGACGGCGCACAAAGUGGUCAAUUCCUGCCCUCCCCAGAUGAAAGUGGAGCCGUUUUGAACGGAAUCAUGACCAGUCUCGAACAACAGUGCUGGCCAAUGUCGUACACAGAAGCCUUCAUUUCGCUCUUGAGCGAAGUUGGUAUACAGGCCAAAUUGGAUGGUGCGACUUGUAAUGAGGAGAAGGAAGAGGUUUUCCGAGACCUCUCAUCCAAACUACAGCAGAGAGGCAUUCAUCGCACUUCCAGGCAGUGUAGAGAGAAACUGAAGAAACUCCGAUUUCACUACUUUGCCUGCAAGAAGUCGCUAAUAGCAGACGAUAUGGAGCUGAGACACAGAACAUCUCAAUAUAAGUGGUUUAAGUUGUUGCUGCCAGUGUUUGACAGUGCGAUUGCAACUAGUCAACAAAACAUCAAUUCCCCUGCAACUACUGGACUACAAAAUACCAACCCCCCUGCAACUACUGGACUACAAAAUACCAACCCCCCUGCGACUACUGGACUACAAAACAUCAUCCCCCCUGCGACUACUGAACUACAAAACAUCGACCCCCCUCCGACUACAGGACUACAAAACAUGAACCCCCCUUCAACUACUGGACUACAAAACAUUAACCCCCCUUCAACUACUGGACUACAAAACAUUAACCCCCCUUCAACUACUGGACUACAAAACAUUAACCUUCCUGCGACUACUGGACUACAAAACAUCAUUCCCCCUGCGACUACAGGACUACAAAACAUUAACCUUCCUACGACUACUGGACUACAAAACAUCAUUCCCCCUGCGACUACUGGACUACAAAACAUUAACCUUCCUGCGACUGCUGGACUACAAAACAUCAUUCCCCCUGCAACUACUGGACUACAAAACAUCAUCCUCCCUGCGACUACAGGACUACAAAACAUAAUCCUCCCUGCGACUACAGGACUACAAAACCUCCUCCUCCCUGCAACUAUUGGACUACAAAACCUCCUCCUCCCUGCAACUAUUGGACUACAAAACCUCCUCCUCCUUGCAACUACUGGACUACAAAACAUUACCCCCCCUGCAUCUACUGGACUACAAAACAUCAUCCUUCCUGCAAACACAUUAUCAACAGCAGUGCCAGAGAAAGAAAGUGGACAAAGGUCCCAUGGCUCGCUGAGGGCAGUUGGAGACGAGGUGACGAGCACCAAUGUAUCAUCACUGCCGCCAAUAUUAGACAAGGAGUCUGCGGGGGAGGAGGAAGUGUGUUCACCAUCAGUGCACAGCUCUGCACUGCAACAAGCAUGGCACAAUGUUUGUCUGCCCACCCUGGCCCUAUCUCUCCCACUGAGGAUGCAGUCAGCGUUUAUGUGGCAUGUUGCCCAGCAUCGGCGGGUCCCACAGUACCCCAGACUGGAGGAGUUCGUCUGCACCAUUCUGGAGGAGCUCCCCCAGCUACUGGAUGCCAAAGAAAAGGCUGAACUGCUGCUUGGUCUGAGGACACGGUUUAUUUUAGAAUUAUGCCGUGGUACGCCAUCAGUGAAUUACCAUCUAAUACAGCCACACCUGGAAAAACUCCGUAAGAUUUCCAAAUUGGCCUCUGCUGAUCAGAAUGAAGAGAUUGGAGAAAGAGGGGUGGAUUCUGUGGUGAAAAAUUUCACCAGUUUGAUCCAAACACUCCUGGAGAGUCCUCAAGAGGCGAGGCGUUUUUUCCAGGACGUUUUCCCAGUGCAGUAUGGCCCCAAAUAUGACUUGAUGUUGCAGUCGUCGGUGUGGGAGUUCCUUUGUAGACUGGAAAAACUCAUACCAGUGCCGAGCUUUCAUCAAGCAGCGUCUUGGUUUGAUGAAAACCCUUCCCAGUGGGACAACUCCUUAGACAUCCAACCAGAACUUUUGCAGACUUUUCUUCGUCAUGCCAAAAAUGCUGGACUGCUGGAUUCGGCAGGAAGUACUUUGCCCAUCACACAGAAUAGCAUUCUCGCUACAUUAUAUGCAACCAGCACUCAAUUCAAUAACACCUGCGAAGAAGCAGACGCUGAAAAUAUUCUACAAAUAUCUACAUCCCAUCAACACCAAGACUCACUGAGCGGUGGUACCUCCCAUGGAAAUGUGGUGGGCGUGGCAAUGGAUUGCACAACAGAGGCUGAGGACAGUGGUGCAAAUGGAGAAGCUGGAGACGAACAAACAGAUGGAGGUUGUACCAGCCAUGGGGAUGCCACAUGCAAUACCAGGUCUGAGGCCAGGAGUGAGGAACCUACCUCCAGUAGCAAGUCUGAACCUGGGAGCCAGGUUACUGGCAGCACCUUAGAGGCAUUCCCUGCUGAGAAGAGCAGAAAGCAGAAGCCUUAUCUGUGCUCGCACUGUGGUAUGGUGUUAAAAAGCAAGCAUGCAUUGAAAUACCACAUCCUUAUACAUACAGGGGAGCUACCCUUUGGCUGUACAAUAUGUGGGAAAAGAUUCCGCCAGCCAUCUACUCUACUGACACACAAGAGAUUGCACACAGGUGAAAGAACUCACCUGUGUUCUUUCUGUGGCAAAGGCUUUAUUACAGCAGGACAUUUGAGGAUCCAUACACGCAAUCACACCGGAGAACGCCCUUACAAAUGUGAAAUCUGUGGGAAGACUUUUAUACUAAGUAGUACUUUAGUUGUCCAUAGCAGAGGACACAAUAAGGAAAGACCAUACUCCUGUACUGUUUGUGAGAAGCGAUUUGCAACUGGGAGCGCGCUGACAAGACACAUGCGGAUACAUACAGGGGAGAAACCAUAUGAAUGUAUUUUGUGUGGAAAGAGAUUUGCAGCCCGAGCGACUUUGAAAGUCCAUCAGCGUGUGCACGUAAAUGUCAAAAAAUUUGUGACGUGUCGCCCUCUGAGGCAUACAUUGGUAAGAGGGAGGCUUAUUGCACUGUCAACAUCUAACAUCAGCGAUGUACUAGAAAUGAAGAUCAGCGACGUACUAGAAAUGGAAAGAAGAAGAAGUCCGGCAGUCCAUUGGAGUUGCUCUGAGGUGCAGACCUUUCUAUGCUUCAUAAGACAGCCCAGGAUUCAGAAUGACUUAGAUAGAGCCACAAGGAAUGAGAAAGUGUUUUCGGAGGUGGCACGGCACAUGGUGGCACAAGGCUUCAACAGAACAUCUGGCCAGUGCCGGGAGAAGCUGAAGAAGCUUAGAACUGAUUUCCGCAAAAUCAGGGAGCAUAACGACACCAAGAGACCACAGUGGAGAUGGUAUGACGACAUGGAUGCCAUCUACGGAAGCGGAAUGCUGAGCCAGAGGCCUAAUGAAAGCUUGGACCCGGGCCUUUCAUUGCUUAUGGCAAAUUAUGAUUCCAAAGAUACUGUAGCAUUCGCUGGCUGCAGCUCGUCUGUGAAUGACCCAUGCAAAGAGUCCAUCAUGUCAGCAGCUCAGGCAUCCUCUUCAGCUGCUGAAGCCUCAUACACGUCAGCUGCAUCAUCCACACAGGCUGCAUCACGUUUCACUGGCGCCACACGACGUGGUAAGAACAGCAGAAGACAAAUUCCGGCAGCCCAGUGGAGCUGCUCUGAGGUGCAGACCUUUCUAUGCUUCAUAAGACAGCCCAGGAUUCAGAAUGACUUGGAUGGAGCCACAAGGAACGAAAAAGUGUUUUCGGAGGUGGCACGGCACAUGGUGGCACAAGGCUUCAACAGAACAUCUGGCCAGUGCCGGGAGAAGCUAAGGAAGCUUAGAACUGAUUUCCGCAAAAUCAGGGACCAUAACCACACCAAGAGACCACAGUGGAGGUGGUAUGAAGAGAUGAAUUCCAUCUACGGAAGCGGACCGCUGAGCCAGAGCCCUGAUGAAAGCCUGGACCCGGCCCUUUCAUUUCUUACUGCAAAUUAUGAUUCCGAUGAUACUGUAGCAUUCGCUGGCUGCAGCUCGUCUGUGAACGACCCAUCCAAAGAGUCCAUCAUGUCAGCAGCUCAGGCAUCCUCUUCAGCUGCUGAAGCCUCAUACACAUCAGCUGCAUCAUCCACACAGGCUGCAUCACUUUUCACUGGCGCCACACGAAGUGUUUGUCUGCCCACCCUGGGCCUAUCUGUCCCUCCACUGAGGAUGCAGUCAGCGUUUAUGUGGCAUGUUGCCCAGCAUCGGCGGGUCCCACAGUACCCCAGGCUGGAGGAGUUCGUCUGCACCAUUCUGGAGGAGCUCCCCCAGCUACUGGAUGCCAAGGAAAAGGCUGAACUGCUGCUUGGUCUGAGGACACGGUUUAUUUUAGAAUUAUGCCGUGGUACGCCAUCAGUGAAUAUCCAUCUAAUACAGCCACACCUGGAAAAACUCCGUAAGAUUUCCAAAUUGGCCUCUGCUGAUCAGAAUGAAGAGAUUGGAGAAAGAGUGGUGGAAGACUUCACCAGUUUAAUCCAAACACUCCUGGAGAGUCCUCAAGAGGCGAGGCGUUUUUUCCAGGAUGUAUUCCCAGUACAGUAUGGCCCCAAAUAUGACUUGAUGUUGCAGUCGUCGGUGUGGGAGUUCCUUUGUAGACUGGAAAAACUCAUACCAGUGCCGAGCUUUCAUCAGGCAGCGUCUUGGUUUGAUGAAAGCCCUUCACAGUGGGACAACUCCUUAGACAUUCAACCAGAGCUUUUGCAGUCUUUUCUUCGCCAUGCAAAAAACACUGGGAUGCUGGAUUCUGCAGGAUGUACUUCACCCAUCACACAGAAUAGCAUUCUCGCUACCUUGUCUGCAACCAGUACUCAAUUCAAUAACACCUGUGAAGAAGCAGACUAUGAGAAUUGUGUAUCUACAUCCUAUCAAUGCCAAGACUCACUGGGCGGUGGUACUUCUCAUGGAGAUGUGGUUGGCAUGGCAAUGGAAUGCACAACAGAGGCUGAGGACAGUGGUGCAAAUGAAGAGGAUGGAGACGAACAAACAGAUGGAGUUUGUACCAGCCAUGAGGAUGCCACGUGCAAUACCAGGUCUGAGGCCAGGAGUGAGGAACCUACCUCCAGUAGCAAGUCUGAACCUGGGAGCCAGGUUACUGGCAGCACCUUAGAGGCAUUCCCUGCUGAGAAGAGCAGAAAGCAGAAGCAGCCUUAUCUGUGCUCGCACUGUGGUUUGGUGUUAAAAAGCAAGUAUGCGUUGAAAUACCACGUCCUUAUACAUACAGGGGAGCUACCCUUUGGCUGUACAAUAUGUGGGAAAAGAUUCCGCCAGCCAUCUACUCUACUGAGUCACAAGCGAUUGCACACAGGUGAAAGAACUCACCUGUGCUCUUUCUGUGGCAAAGGCUUUAUUACAGCUGGAGCUUUGAGGACCCACACACGCAAUCACACCGGAGAACGCCCUUACAAAUGUGAAAUCUGUGGGAAGACUUAUAAGCAAAGGUGUAACUUAGUUGUCCAUAGCAGAAGACACAAUAAGGAAAGACCAUACUCCUGUACUGUUUGUGAGAAGCGAUUUGGAACAAGGGAGCUGUUAACAAGACACAUGCGGACACAUACAGGGGAGAAGCCAUAUGAAUGUCUAUUGUGCGGAAAGAGAUUUGCAGUCCGAGUGAAUUUGAAAACCCAUCAACGUGUACACAUGUAA